AACCAUGUUAUGAUUUGUCUUUAGAGUUAUAGGAAGGACGUUUAUUGUUAUUUAAACGAUUUCACUGGAAACACUGACUUUUAUAUCGACAACAGAAUAGCAAAUGACAUUGGCAUCAAAGAAUUGGUUGCAUCGAGGUACAUCAUCUUUUAAAGACUAAAAGAAAAUGUUCUUCAUAUAACGAAUCUUUGGUGUCUUACAGUGAAAUAGUUCUUUGGAGCCGAGACAAUUUGUAAUAAGCAGCAGCAGGUCUCUUCUUCACUGACUUGAAUGUUUAUGAGAAGAUUAAUUAGUCAUUCUAACAAAACUGGACAGACAUAUUCUGUGUGUGUCUGUCUGUCUGUGAAAGAGUUUGCAGCAUCUUCAAACAUUGGCAAUGACCACAAUUGAUAAGAAUCCUUCAGGCGCCCAUACCAGAUGAUUCUUCUCUGCUAUGUGUCUGAUAUAUAUUUUUGGUUUUAUGCAGCAAACAUCUAUAUGAGUGGAUCUGUGAAGGCCAAUAUCGCAGUAUUCAACAUUCUAACAAGACAGCUACAUUAAGUUGGAUGUAAAGAUAUCCUUUUUGUACUAAAACUGGCUGUGUUGCUAAUAAUUAUCUUUUGAAAAGAAAUAUAUUUAUUAGGAUCAAUAUAUAAAAAGAACAGAAACAAGGAAAACACCUGUAUAUUGUAGAAAAGAGGAGGAAAACUAUGGAAGGAAAAUUAUGUAAUAACGCAUCUGUAAAGACUGAUGUUGUUUGUGAUUUAAAGGAAGAGGAAGGAGAAUCAUCAUACCAGUGUGAUGUCUGUGAUGAAGCAUUCUCUGAAAGAGAUAGCUUGAUUAAGCAUAAAUGUAUUCAUGCAGGAGAUAAGCCAUAUUCCUGUGAUAUUUGUGGAAAAUCAUUCCGUCAAAAUGAACACUUAACAAGGCAUAAACUCACUCAUACAAAAGAUAAAGCUUAUCGCUGUAAUAUCUGUGGUACAGCGUUAGCUCAAAAAUCCAGCCUAAAUAAGCACAUGCGUAUUCAUACUGGAGAGAAGGUAUAUUGCUGUGACAUCUGUGGUAAGUCAUUCUCUGAUAACAAUGUUGCAACUGAACACAGGUAUACUCAUACAGGCAAAAAACCAUAUGAGUGUGAUAUCUGUGGCCAGGCAUUCUCUAAAGUAGGAAAUUUAGCUAAUCACAAACAAAUUCAUACAGGGGAGAAGCCACAUGAGUGUGAUAUCUGUAGGAGAUCGUUCUCUCGAAAGGCAGAGUUAAGUGUUCAUAAACGUAUUCAUACAGGAGAAAAGCUGUAUCACUGUGAUAUCUGUGGUAAAUCAUUUUUGAAGAACAGCAACCUAACUAUACACAAACGUUCUCAUACAGGAGAGAAACCAUUUAAGUGUGAUAUCUGUGAUAAAUCUUUCACACAUGUUAGUCCAUUAAAUAGACACAAAUUUAUUCAUACAGGAGAGAAGCCACACCAGUGUGAUAUCUGUGGUAAAUCAUUCACUCAAUAUCACGUAUUAACUAAUCACAAACUUAUUCAUACGGGACAGGAGCCACAUGAGUGUGAUAUCUGCAGGAGAUCAUUCUCUCGAAAGGCAGACUUAAAUGUUCAUAAACGUAUUCAUACAGGAGAAAAUCUGUAUCAUUGUGAUAUCUGUGGUAAAUCUUUUUUGAAGAACAGCAACCUAACUAAACACAAACUUGUUCAUACAGGAGAGAAACCAUAUCAUUGUGAUAUCUGUGAUAAAUCUUUCACACAAGUUAGUACCUUAACUAAACACAAACUUGUUCAUACAGGAGAGAAACCAUAUCAUUGUGAUAUCUGUGGUAAAUCAUUCACUCAAAGCCAGGGAUUAACUAUGCACAAACGCAUUCAUACAGGAGAGAAGCCAUUUCAUUGCAAUAUCUGUGGUCAAGAAUUCACUCAGGGCUCUGGCUUAAAUCGACACAAACGUGUUCAUACAGGAAAGAAGCCACAUCACUGUGAUAUAUGUGGUAAAUCAUUUUCUCAUAAUAGUUCUUUAAAAACUCACAAACGCACUCAUACAGGAGAGAAACCAUAUCACUGUGAUGGCUGUGGUAAAACAUUUCCCCGUAAUAAUUCUUUAACUACUCACAAACGCAUUCACACAGGAGAGAAACCAUAUCGUUGUGACACCUGUGGUAAAUCAUUCUCUGUUGGUAGUAUUUUAAAUAAACACAAACGCACUCAUACAGGAGAGAAACCAUAUAAUUGCAAUAUUUGUGGUAAAUCAUUCACUUAUAUUCAGUGUUUAAAAAUUCACAAACGUGAGACGCCAUAUCAUUGUGAAAUCUGUGGUAAAUCAUUCUCUGACGGCAGUUAUUUCACUAAGCACAAACGCAUUCAUUCAGGACAUAAGCCAUACAGCUGUGAUGUUUGUGGUAAAUCGUUCUAUGAAUCUGUUCAUUUAACUAAACACAGACGUAUGCAUACAGGAGAGAAACCAUAUCACUGUGACAUCUGUGGCACCUCAUUCUCUGCACACAAAUAUCAAAUGACAUUGACAUCAAAGAAUUGGUUGCAUCGAGAAAAGAGGAGGAAAACUAUGGAAGGAAAAUUAUGUAAUAACGCAUCUGUAAAGACUGAUGUUGUUUGUGAUUUAAAGGAAGAGGAAGGAGAAUCAUCGUACCAGUGUGAUGUCUGUGAUGAAGCAUUCUCUGAAAGAGAUAGCUUGAUUAAGCAUAAAUGUAUUCAUGCAGGAGAUAAGCCAUAUUCCUGUGAUAUUUGUGGAAAAUCAUUCCGUCGAAAUUACCAUUUAACAAGACACAAACUCACUCAUACAGGUGGUAAAACCUAUCGCUGUAAUAUCUGUGGAGAUAAGCCGUACAGCUGUGAUGUCUGUGGUAAAUCAUUCUAUGGUCCUUUAACUGAACACAGACGUAUGCAUACAGGAGAGAAACCAUAUCACUGUGACAUCUGUGGCACAUCAUUCUCUGCAAGCUCUUACUUGACGAUACACAAACAAUAUCAAAUGACAUUGGCAUCAAAGAAUUGGUUGCAUCGAGGUACAUCAUCUUUUAAAGACUAA